CGUUACACCCUGCGCACUUGUGAUGGCUGCGUACGUAUAAUGUCGGCAACAGAGGUCUAUCUCUGCUCCAGUUGGAGUGACGUCACGCAUACCUCCGCUGUAUACUGGGAGUCGUAGUUUCACUUCGCUGAAUCUUAUGUGUGUCUUCUACUGAGUAGGACUACAUUUCCCGUCGUGCCCCUCACAGCGGGCUGUACUGAUGACGAGCGCAUUAGAUCAACUAGAGAAGAGCUUUGUUAUUGCCCAGCAGCAGUAAUGCAUAGUGGCUACAGAUAGAUGUCAUUUAUGUGUAUGUUUAGAAAUGUGUUGGUAAAUAUUGGGAAGAGUCAAUGCAUAUGUAAUCCCUUCAGUAGAUGCACAUACACGCCUGCAGCAGCAGCAAGGCCAGGAAUUAUUACAAAGAAACUGCAAAUAUACAGGAGCCCAAUCUAACAGUGUCUGCCAAAUUAAUUGAUUAAAGGCAAGAUGGAUAAUGAACAGCAGCCAGUGACCGACGAACUCUUACAACACAGCUUGGAGAUUAUCUCUCUACUGACUGGAGAGGAUUAUACAGUUGUAGAGAAACAUGGUGAGCCUGUCACUAUCAGUGAAAAUAUUUCUAUGUCAAAAAAUUCUUCUACCAGUUUGCGAUUACCCCAAAUAAAGCUUGAGAACAGACUUGUAAUGGAGAAGAUGCAGGAAUUAGCCAACAAAAUAAUUCAAGUAAUCAAAGAGGAGUUCUCUGGAAUGUCAGGUUUCCUAGAAGAACCAUGUGAGGGCACCACCCAGCAUGGGGAUAGCAGUCAGAUCUCAGAACAUUUGAACAACUUAGUCAAUUUGGUGAAUAAGAUGACCAAGGAUAAAAAUCACACGGUUGGAAACAUUUUGAAUUGUACUCUGGAACUCAUCUACCUUCUGAUUGGAGAGGGCUAUAUUGUUGUCAAAAAGUGUAAUGAUAAAGUCACAGCCAUAAAUGACCUCUCUGUGUCUGAAGAAGAUCCACACUCUGUGAUUUGUGGGAAAAAGAAAGCAAAGAAAGUCUUGGAACUUGCCAGUCAAAUAACUAAACUACUUAGUGACCAGAUGCCUAUAAAAAGUGAGGAUGUUGAAGUAUAUUCCACCAUGGAGGAGUAUAUAAGAGGAUAUAGGGAAUUUUUUAAAGAUGUGAUAAUGGACAAUGAGCAGAGACACCAAAAACUUGAUUCCACAAAUGAGGAAAACACCACUGUUGAACCUGAUCUUAAUACAAACCUCCUGUCACAAAAUAAAAUAAGCAAACGAAAGAGCAAGCCAGUGAGAAUUGUUAGCAAGGCGUUUCCUUCGCAUAAAGAGAAAGCCCUCACAGAACCGAUCAUUUACACAUUAAAACACCAUGAAAUUUCACAUGAACAUUCUGUUGCCAAUGACUGUGACCAAAUUAACACAAGUGUGCAGAAAGAGUGCAUCAAUUUAGUACCAAAUAAUUGCAACAUUGGCAAGUUGGGUAAGGACUUCACUGUUACAUCUGACUGUGCAUCUCAGGAGAGUAAACACACAGAAGAUAUAAUUGAAGCCAUAGUGAAGGAAGAGAAUAUACUGGCUUUCUCUGAAGACAAUGAAACUGGUCAAUCAGAAUUUGUUAUACAUCAUACGCGAGGAAAGCCAUAUGUAUGUACACUUUGUGGCAAAUAUUUCACAAAAAAGUCUCAUCUUGUAACACAUCGGAGAGUUCACACUGGAGAAAAACCAUAUGGCUGUCUAGACUGUGGAAAACGCUUUACUAGCAACUCAACUCUUGUAGACCAUCAAAGAAUUCACAGAGGAGAGAAGCCAUUUGUCUGUUUAGAUUGUGGAAAAAGUUUCACAAAGAAUUCCAAUCUCAUUGACCACCAGAGAACUCACACAGGAGAGAAGCCCUUUGCUUGUACAGCAUGUGGCAAGUGCUUUGCCAGAAGCUCAAACCUAGUGGAGCACCAGAAGAUUCAUACAGGGGAGAAGUCUUUUGUUUGUUCUGAAUGUGGGAAAGGUUUUUCUAGGAGUUCAAGUCUUGCUGAACAUCAGAAGAUUCAUACUGGAGGAGAAACCUAUAUAUGCUCUGAAUGCGGACAGUGUUUUACCAAAAACUCUAGUCUGGUUAGACACCAGAGCAUUCAUACAGGAGAGAAACCAUUUGUAUGUAUUGAGUGUGGCAAAGGUUUUUCAAACAGCUCAAAUCUUGUUAGACAUCAGAUUACGCACACGGGAGAGAAACCAUUUACGUGUCCUAUAUGUGGACGGACUUUCAACCAGAACUCAAAUCUUAUAUCACAUAAAAAAACUCAUAAAGUCAAGUCUGUUACAUUAAAAUAAUAUAUAUAUAUAUAUAUAUACACAAAAACAAUUGUAAAAACACAUAAAAAUAUAUAAAUUUGUAAAUGCUUAUUUCUAUAAAACUACUUUAAUUUAAGAAA